AUGAACGCUUGAAGAUGCUACUUGCUAGGAGAAAAAGCUUCGGGAAAAAUCUCUCUCUCUCUCCCUCUCUCUCUCUCUCCCUCUCUCUCUGUCUUCUUCGCGGUCUCGUUCUUCUUGAUCGGUAGAUCGCUCGACGAAUUUGCAAUAGCCUCUGUGAAGACGCCAUAAUUGGGUUUGUUGAAGAUGUCUAUGAUCGAUGAGCCAUUGUAUCCAAUAGCUGUGCUUAUAGACGAGUUAAAAAACGAUGAUAUUCAGCUUAGAUUGAAUUCCAUUAGAAGGCUUUCUACGAUUGCUCGUGCUCUUGGUGAAGAGAGGACUAGAAAGGAGUUGAUUCCUUUUCUUAGUGAAAACAAUGACGAUGAUGAUGAGGUGUUAUUAGCAAUGGCUGAAGAAUUGGAAACUUGUGUUAGGGAGAAAGCUGUUGAGUCGCUUUGUAGAGUUGGUUCUCAGAUGAAGGAGAGUGACUUGGUUGAUCAUUUCAUACCGUUAGUUAAGCGACUCGCGGCUGGUGAGUGGUUUACAGCAAGAGUAUCAGCUUGUGGGGUUUUUCAUAUUGCAUACCCAAGCGCGCCGGAUAUGUUGAAGACUGAGUUAAGAUCAUUAUAUACUCAGCUUUGUCAGGAUGAUAUGCCAAUAGUGCGGAGAGCUGCAGCAACCAAUCUGGGGAAAUUUGCUGCUACGAUUGAAUCAGCGCAUUUGAAGACUGACAUUAUGUCCAUGUUUGAUGAUCUUACUCAAGAUGAUCAAGAUUCUGUUAGAUUGUUGGCCGUUGAGGGUUGUGCUGCUCUUGGGAAAUUGUUGGAGCCCCAGGACUGUGUCCAACACAUUCUUCCCGUGAUUGUUAAUUUCUCGCAGGAUAAGUCUUGGCGUGUGCGCUAUAUGGUUGCAAAUCAACUCUACGAGCUUUGUGAAGCUGUGGGACCUGAGCCUACUAGGACGGAGCUGGUGCCUGCAUAUGUGCGUCUACUUCGUGACAAUGAGGCUGAAGUACGCAUAGCAGCUGCCGGAAAAGUCACAAAGUUUUGUCGGAUUCUAAACCCUGAAAUUGCUAUCCAGCACAUUCUCCCCUGUGUGAAGGAGCUAUCAUCAGACUCUUCUCAGCAUGUCAGAUCUGCAUUGGCCUCGGUUAUAAUGGGAAUGGCUCCAGUCUUGGGUAAGGAUGCAACAAUUGAACAUCUCCUUCCAAUCUUUCUUUCUCUAUUGAAAGAUGAGUUCCCAGAUGUACGCUUGAACAUUAUCAGCAAACUCGACCAAGUGAAUCAGGUUAUUGGGAUUGAUCUACUAUCACAAUCCUUGUUGCCAGCUAUUGUGGAACUUGCUGAAGAUAGACACUGGAGAGUACGACUUGCUAUAAUUGAGUAUAUCCCUUUGUUGGCUAGUCAGUUAGGUGUUGGCUUCUUUGACGAUAAGCUUGGUGCUCUUUGCAUGCAAUGGUUACAAGACAAGGUUCACUCAAUCCGCGAUGCUGCUGCUAACAAUCUCAAGCGGCUUGCUGAGGAAUUUGGUCCUGAAUGGGCAAUGCAACAUAUAGUUCCUCAGGUUCUUGAGAUGAUUAACAACCCUCACUAUCUUUACCGAAUGACCAUUUUGCGCGCGGUUUCUCUUCUUGCACCAGUAAUGGGCUCAGAGAUCACAUGCUCUAAGCUCUUACCUGUAGUAAUGGCUGCAUCUAAAGACAGGCAAGUUGUCACUGAAGUUCCAAACAUCAAAUUCAACGUCGCGAAAGUGCUUCAAUCCCUCAUUUCAAUAGUCGAUCAAUCGGUUGUGGAGAAGACGAUUCGUCCUGGGCUUGUGGAGCUAAGCGAGGAUCCAGAUGUUGAUGUCAGGUUUUUCGCGAACCAAGCCCUUCAAUCUAUUGACAAUGUGAUGAUGUCUAGCUAAAAACAUUAGAUCUUGUUUCUCUGCUUAAAUCUAUUUGUAACGUAGUAGUGGAUUCUUAUCUUCCGUUUUUAUUACACGCAAACUAAAGUGACUCGGUACGGUUUUUGUCCAUUGUCUUGCUGCUACUAAUGUGUUUAAACUCUAUGUUGAUAACUUCUCGUCUAGUUCAACAAACAUUUUUCGUAGAUCAUGUAUUUUUCUUCGUGCUGCGAAUUCUACUAAAUAGUAAAUACUGUUUUAGUUU